AUGACUGUCGCGAGUCAAGAUACACGCUUCAGGUCCCUGCCCGCCUGGUUCAAGCCCGGCGAGUUUGCCGACCCAGCCUUCAGUGCGGCGACUUACGUGGCUGAUCUGCAGCAGUAUGUACGUGGAUCGGCCCACCUCUCCGUGCUACACGGGGAUCUGGUAGAGGUCAUCAACAAAGAUUACGAAGGCUUCCUCCACCUCACCUCGCGACUUACUAGCGUCCAGGGCGCGGUCAAGCGCAUCGAGGGGCCUCUGGCCGUGGUGAAGGCGCGCGCCAGCGCCACCCGCGAUGCACUGCUGGCAGAGUCCCACGCCCUCACUCGGGGCCUGGCCGCCCGCGCCGACGCGGCCGCCAGCAGAGGCCUGCUGGAGCUGAUGCAGGACCUGACCCAUGUGCUGUCGAAGGUCGACAAGCUGCUGGCGGAGCUCCCACCCCCGGGCGACGCCUUCCUCGGCAAGCAUAGCAGCCCCGAGGCGGUGGAGGGGCAGUGCCACGUGCUGAACCGGGUAACGGCAGAGGUGGCCCGUCUGCAGUACCAGGUCAAGAAGGGGCAGGAUCUGGCCUUUGUCCAGACCCUGGCCCCACGCAUCGUUGCCGCCGCAGACAGGCUGCAGACAUACCUGGACCUCGCGCUGGAGGCAGCCAUCCGCCAGCAGGUCCCCACUGCACUGGGGGCCUGCCUCAACUCCUAUGCGAGCAUCAACCGUCCCCAGGCGGCUGAGCAGGUGGUUCGAAGCACCCUCACCCGGCCACUGGUGGAGCAGACGCUGGCGGCCCUGAGGGAGACCACCCCCGGCGCUGCCGGCGCCGCUGCGCCUGCCCAGCGUCCUGGCUCAGGAGCAGCCCCGGCCGCUGUGCCACCCGCCGCCCCCCUGCCCGCCUUCCUGGAGGCCCUGACGCGGGGGAUGGCGGACGAGCUGGGCCCCUUCCUCGCGCACGCCAUGGCCACCUCCUCCGGCGUGCAUGCCUUUGAGUUCCUGGGCAACGGCGUCCUGGCCGAGGUCCUGGAGGCGGUGCAGGCGCGGUGCGGCGCGGACCUCAGCCCGGGCGUCCCGCACGCCUUCCACGUCGGGGCGCGGGCGGGGGACGCCUUCCUGGAGGCCCUGGAGUCCCACGCCACCGCCCAGGCCCAGGUGGCGCGCUUCAGGGCCUGCCAGCCCUACUCGGCCUUCAUGAAGCUCUGGAACCUGCCUGUCUACUUCUCGCUCCAGUUCCAGGACAUUGCCGGGACCCUGGAGCGACGACUGGGGGAGGCGGGGCUGGCGGACGAGGCGGCGCCGCCCUCCCCCUCCUCCCCCGCCUUCCACCUGGCCGCCACGGCCGCCACCUGGCAGGCCCUGGCUGCCAGCGCCAACCCCGGCUCGUCCCUGCCCCGGCUGGCAGACCGCUUCUUCCGCCUGGGUCUCAUGUCCCUGGCCCGCUACGCCUCCUGGGUCCGCGACGUCGCCGCCCCGGGCCCCGAGGGGUCUGUAGGGGGGGGGGGGCCCGGCGCAUCCAGCGAACCCGGCCCUCCCGGCGCUCCCGGCGCACCCAGCGCUCCCCCAUCCCCGCCCUCCAACGUCUCCCUGGCGCGCCUGCUGGCAGACCUGGCGACGCUGGGCGAGGCGGCGCAGGCGUGCUGGGCCCCGGCGGCGGGGCCCGGGACCCCCGGGGAGGCCUGCGAGGCCUGCGCGCGCGCGGCGGCCGUGGCGGCCGAAUCCCUGGCGGCCGCGGGGGAGGGCGCGCGGGCGCGCCUGGUGGCCGCGCUGGCGGAGGAGUGCACCGCCGCGCUGUCCCAGCUGCGCGGCAUCGUGGCCAGCUUCCGCAUGGCCAAUCGCCGCGCGCCGGCCGCGCCGUCGCCCUAUGCGGGCCGCCUCCUGGCGCCGCUGGCCGCCUUCCUGGCCGCACACGCGGGGCUGCUGGGCGCCGACGCGGCCGCGCGGCUGGCGAGGGAGGUGGCGGAGGGCGUGGCCGGUGCCUACGCCUCGCUGGCGGCGGACACCCUGGCCGCGCUGGAGAAGACGGAGUCCUCCCUGCGCCGCCUCAAGUCGCGCCAGCGGAUGGCCGAUGGCGAAGAUACGAGCAAGGGCUCUGGACUGGAGACCCAGGCGCUCAUCCUGUUGCAACUGGACCUGGAUGUUCAGGCCUUUGCAAGCCACAUCCAAGAGCUGGGGGUCGACCACGGGUCACUCCCUGCCUUUCAGAGGCUCAGGGAGGUCAUCAAAGCGGCACAGGCUGGCGGCGAGGGUCAGAUGUGA